GCUUAAUAAAUGAUUCUAUUGCUCUCAACCAUAAAAAACUGUUCUAAUGAUAGAACUGAGAAAACUUGUUUUUAGAUCAAUAACAGUCAUUUGUAUUGGAUAUAUAAUACGCUGUUUUCUGAAUAAAUCAACCGAUUCAUAUACUUAUCAUAUUAAUCCAUCCAUUGAGCUGAAUAACCAACUUAUUACAAAUAAAAAUUAUGGAAAGUUAGAAAAGAUUGAUUUAAUGAAUUACAGUGGUCCUGAAAGUUUAAUUUAUCAUGAUGGUUCAUUGUAUGCCACAGUGAUUCAAGGGAAAAUAGUAAAAAUAAAUGAUUCUGGGAUUUAUGUUCAUGCAACACUUGGUUCACCAAACUGCGUUGGUGUACAUGAAUGUGGUAGACCAUUAGGUUUAAAAUUGUUCAACAAUUCGGAGAAUUUCUUGGUCACGGAUGCCUAUUUAGGUGUAUUCUCUGUCUCAGUAAAAGAUGGUAGUGUGAAGAAAUUGUUCCCAUUAGAUGAAGAUUUCAAAGUUACAUUUUUUGAUGAUUCAGUAAUGUUACCGAACGGUAGUCUUGUUAUUACUGAAGCUAGUACAAAAAAUACUUUACGACAUCUAUGGACAACAAUUUUAGAGGGACUACCUAGUGGGAGGCUAACAAUGGCUGAUACAAAAACUGGUCAAUACAGUCACAUAAUGGAUGGUUUACGCUUUCCCAACGGAAUCGAAAUUUCUAGUGACGGAAAAUCCAUAUUACUCGUUGAAACAAUGAAACUUCAAAUUUUACGAAUUCCAUUAGACGGAGGUGAAGUGACCGUGUUCAGUGAUGGGCUACCUGGUUUUCCGGAUAAUAUCAAAGCCAGUCCACGUGGUGGAUAUUGGGUCCCUGUAUCACCUCUUCGUGACGAGCCUCUAUCUGAACUUCUACUCAACUAUCUACCAGCUUAUCCUUGUAUUCGUCAGUUGGCUUCCAGUAUUAUCUCCAUGCUUCCAUUCACACUAAUACCGAAAGGAAAAUCAUCAAUGUUAAUUCGUUUAGAUGAAAAUGGACAGAUAAUUGAAAUUUGGAAAGAUUUUCAAAAUGAAUUACCAAAUGCUUGUGAAGUACUAGAACAUGAUGAUACUUUAUACACUGGAAGCUUUUAUCUACCUUACAUUGGUCGUUUAAGAAGAUUGUCAAAUUAAUUUCUAUAAAAUUUGAAAAUCUUUAGUUCCAGAAGAUGAAUACUGUGUAAUUUGAUGUUGUUGUUGUUGUCGUUGUUAUUCAUUCAGCACAUUGAUGAUAAAUACUUUCCAUGUUUUGAUUUGGCUUAUCUUUAAGACAUUCAUCAAUAUCUUGUUUUCUUAUGUUUUUUUCGUUGUUUUCGUUGUUGCUGUCAUUGUUGGUAGUUUGGCUUAGCCAUUUCUCAAUAUUUAAUUAUUCUGUACUAAUUGUGUAAUGUGUGAAUUACUUAAUCAAUAAUAAAUGACACAAUGCCAUUUACAUUUAUUGAAUCAAUCAGGUCAUCUUUUAGUUAUCUGUCUAUAAUUCAGUUAGCUAAAGUCGUGAAUUGAUAUCAUUAUGCAUGUUAACUUGCUUAUGUUACGUAACACUUGUGGUUAUUACAAAACGUUGAUAAAACGAAAAUGAUACAGAUGUAGAUUUGCUUUCUUUUUUCUAGCAGCGAUCCGAUCAUAC